UCGCCGCUUUAGUGUGAUCAGUUUCAGUUCGAACGAAGCUUGGUGAAGACCGCUUCUAACCGCUGAAGUUUGUGUACGUGUAAUUGUUUUGUGUUUUGUUUUCAAAAUUUUUCCUGCGUUUUUUGUUUUUGUCAUUGUUAGUGUUUUCUGUGUGUGGGUGAAAAAAUACAGGCUUUGAGUAUGAAAAUCCUUUUGGUGUUUUCACUCAUCAUUGCCGCCACUUUGGCCAACAAAGUGGGCAAUCAGGCACCGGGUGGACCGAAGAAACAUAUGGUCUGCUACUAUGACUCUUCGAGUUUUGUUAAGGAGGGACUCGGCAAACUGAUUAUUGAUGAUCUCGAGCCGGCUAUGCAAUUCUGCGACUAUCUAGUCUACGGUUACGCAGGCAUUGAACGUGACACACACAAAGCUGUCUCGCUCAACCAAAACCUUGACUUGGAUUUGGGUAAAGGUCUUUAUCGCACUGUUACACGCCUAAAGCGUAAAUAUCCCGCCUUGAAGGUGUUACUUGGCUUGGGUGGUGAUAAGGAUAUUGAGACAAGCGAAGAUGCUAAAGAUUUGCCCAACAAAUAUCUCGAACUGUUGGAGAGCCCUCUUGGGCGCGCACGCUUCAUUAAUAGCGCCUAUGCGUUGGUGAAAUCUUACGGUUUCGAUGGACUCGAUAUUGCCUGGCAAUUCCCAAAGAACAAACCAAAGAAGGUGCACGGUGGCAUUGGUAGCUUGUGGAAAGGUUUCAAGAAAGUCUUCACUGGCGAUCACAUAGUUGAUGAAAAAUCUGAGGAGCAUAAGGAACAAUUCACCGCUUUGUUGCGUGAUGUGAAGAACGAGUUCAGACCAGAUAAUUUGUUAUUGUCGGCUACUGUGUUGCCGAAUGUCAACUCAUCGUUGUUCUACGAUGUGCCCGCUAUUGUCAACUAUCUGGACUUUGUCAACUUGGGCGUUUUCGAUUUCUACACACCCGAACGCAAUCCCGAAGUAGCCGAUUUGCCCGCACCACUCUAUGAACUGCCCGAACGCAAUCCACAAUUCAACGUGCACUAUCAAGUGCAAUAUUGGCUGCGUAACAAUUGCCCCGCAUCCAAGUUGAAUGUCGGCGUGCCCGCUUAUGGACGCGUUUGGAAGAUGACGGAUGAUUCUGGUGAGACUGGCGUGCCACCGGUGGCUAAAGUGGAAAAUGAAGCACCCGCGGGGCCGAACACACAAAUCAAAGGUCUCUACAGCUGGCCCGAAGUGUGCGCUCUAUUGCCGAAUACCAAUAAUGCUUAUGGCAAAGGUGCCAAUCUGGCACUUACAAAGGUCGGAGAUCCCUCGAGGCGUACUGGCAAUUAUGCUUACCGUUCGGAUGAGAAGAGCAGCGGCAAUGGCUUGUGGAUUGGCUAUGAUGAUCCAGACACAGCCGCAGAGAAGGCCGGUUAUGUGCGUCAAUUCAAUUUGGGUGGCGUAGCGCUGUUCGACUUGUCCUUUGACGACUUUCGUGGUUCCUGCACUGGCGACAAAUACCCCGUACUACGUGCCAUUAAGUUCCGCCUUGUGAACUAAGCUUGCGAUAUGCGAAAAUCAUAUGACUCACUAAAUUUAUCAAAAAAAAAAAAGCUGUUCACGACUUUCAAUAUAUAAUAUUAGGGUUGUUAAAUAAUUCCUUGUUUUUUCGAAUAAUUAAUAACGUAGUUCUUAAGCUGGGCGUUGAAAAAUGUAAACACGUAAAACAGAAAUUUUUGAAUCCUUCAUAAUUUAAUUUUAUACUUAGAAAUUAUAUAAUUGCUACCAUUCAAUGCGCUAUUUUGAUUAUGAUUUACAUUUUAUAUUAUCCUUUGUUAGUUCAUAAGUUGGGCAUUUCACUUGAAAGAAAUAUGCUUAUUGAGUCCUGAUUUGAGAAAUUCUAAGAAAAAAAGCUGUGCUCUAAUAAAACACUAAAUAGAUCAAUGGCAAACGAAAA